GCUCCCGCCUGCGCCGUUAGGGGACCCGUUAGCGUUAAUUUCUCCCUGACGAGAAAACAGGAUCAUGAUUUUGUCGAAUGGUUGUUAUAUCGUGGCCUUUUUGAUCGUCAUUUGUGAGGCUCAGUAUGACGAUGUAAGAUGCAAAUGUGUAUGUCCCAAAGACAUCAACAAAACAAAGAAUGUUUUUGUCAAAACUGUGGAGCCAGAGGAUUGCAAGUGUGGAAAUAUUGUGCAAGGAGAUGAGAAGUACUGUUUGAGAUGUCGUUGUGAAUAUGAAGCCAGGAACACAACUCUCAUCAAGGUAGUGAUCAUAUUCAUUCUUGUUGUAAUCGGAAUUCUUUGUUUUUACCUGGCAUAUUUGUUCAUUGAUUCCAAGCGUAAGCCUGUUGAAUUAAGUGUCACAGCUGAUGAGGUACAAGAAAGAUUGCGGGGAAGAAGAGCAAGAAGUUUGAGAAAUUUUGAUGAGAAGCUAGCAAAAUGGAAGAAAACCGUUGCUGAGCAAAGAAGGAACAUUUAUGGAACAAGAACCAUGCUAAGUUAGAUGUAAUUUGAACAAAGCUUUCAGAUGUGCCUUUAAGAUAAAUGUGAUGAAGUGGUCAUGGUUGGGUUGGCCAUCCUGGGAAGGCCCAUCUAUUCCAAGCUGAAUUGUAAAAGUUAAGCCUUCUCAUUCUCAGAAGUGACCAAAAAUGAAUUUCUCCUUACAGUAGCCAUAUAUUUUCAAGGAGAAAGCUGAGAAGAAGUAAGACAAAAAAUAAACCAAGUGAUAUUGUACAAUUUUACACCAAAUUCUCAAAUCUAAAAUCAGAAGAAAUGUAUGAUUACAUCUUGGAAGGGAAAGGGUAAAAUAUGCAGCGUGAUGAUACAUUUUAACUGUUGCAAAUAUCGUUUUAUAGUGUAAAUAAAGGAAUCUUUGGCUUUUGAAUAAAAAGUAAGCACAAACUAC